UUGAGAAGCAUGGGUUUAAUAACCAAUGGAAAAUGAAAAGACCGAACUAGAAAUCGAAACGUAUGGAUUAUAUAUAUUAGAGAUUUUUCCUAGAGUGGAAGCUAGGGCAUGAGAAGGGUUCUAAGGAAAAAAAAGUUUGCUAGGAUUGAGCUAUUUUGAGGAUAUGGCUGGAGAUGUACCUCCUGAAACCGAUAAGGAAUCUGCUGAGAAUAGUGCGAACGGGAAUCAAAUGUUAGCUGAAGCCAUUCGGAAAAUGACUGAGAGUUUGCUUGCUAAUAAGGGAAGCACAUCAGGUCCACAGGUACGUGAUGAUUUUAAGGUGAUGGAUGAAUUCCAUAAGUAUAAGCCAGCACCGUUUAAGGGUUCACCAAAUCCUUUGGAUGCCGAGAACUGGUUACUAGAAAUGGAGAAACGAAUGGAAUUGCUUGAGGUAGAGGAUCGUCUUCGAGUUAAAAUUGCUAUGUAUUACCUUAAAGAUGCUGCUGGUCAUUGGUGGACAGUGACUAAAACCAAGGAAGGUAUGCAGAACCUUACUUGGAAUGAAUUUAAGGAACUUUUCCUCCAAAAGUGCUUUCCGGUGGCUUUGAAAAAUGCCAAAAUUUUGGAGUUUAUACAGUUGGAUCAGGAGAAGGAGGGCUUGUCCAUUUUGGAGUAUGAUAUGAGGUUCGAGGAGCUAUCUCGGUAUGCUACUGAUAUGGUGAAAACUGAGCACUUGAAGGCAAUUAAGUACCAAAAGGGGCUGCUGCCAGAUAUUCGUUUCAAGCUUGCACAACAAAUGCUCACGAGUCGUAAUGAAAUAUUUGAGAGGGAAUUGAUUAUUGAGGUUGCCUACAAAGAGUUUCGAGAAGGGAAGGAUCGAAAGAGAAGUAACUUUAACAACAGAAAGGAGCCUCCUAAGAAGCUAAGGCCAGAAAAUGCACCGAAGAGUGGAUACGAAGUGGUUCACAGCAAUAAUGUGCAAGAAAGGACUUGUUAUGAGUGCCGCAAGCCUGGACAUCUUCGUAGGAAUUUACCUCUUCUUAACGGACAAAGUUUCGACACGGUAAUCGUGGUAACAACGCUCCACACAACAGGCCUAAUCAAGCGAGACCAGCGUCACCGACUAAUCAACAAAGAAAGGCGUUUGCAACAGUAG